GCGGGGCGCCCCGCCGGGCCGCCGCCGGCCCGCUGCCGCCCGCCGCUGAGAGCCCGGCGGCGAGGAGGUCCGGGCGGGCGGUCGCCCACAUGCGCGGCCCCAGCCCGCGGCUUGGGGAACGGCGCCGAGCGGAGGAGGCGGGCGAGGGGAGCUGGAAGCGGCCGGCGGCGGCGGCGGCGAGGAGAAGAUGGCGGAGCGGCGGAGGAGCUGAGAGCGGCGCCCGGAGAAGUGGGGCCGCCCCCGCAGCCUUCCUCCGCAGCCCCCCGGACCCCCCGGCGGCCACAUGCAGGCCAAAAAACGCUACUUGACGCUGCUCUCCGCCGCCACCUGUCUCGCCCUGCUGCUCUACCUCGGAGGCGUGCAGCUGCGGGCGGCCCGCGCCCCGCCGCCCGCCGGCCGGCAUGGGGCUGCCCCGCGGCCCGGCAGCGAGCGGCCCUGGCCCCGCUUCCCCGACGCCCUCCGGCCCUUCGCGGAGCCGGAGGGGGCCGCGGGGGGCGACGCGGGGGGCGGCGGCGGCGGCCGGGUCUCGCCCCGGCAGCGGCGGGACGGCAGCGCCGGGCUGUACCGCGGGCGGCGGUGCCGCAUGGAGUCCUGCUUCGACUUCGCCCUUUGCCAGAAAAACGGCUUCAAGGUCUACGUGUACCCGCAGCAGAAGGGGGAGAAGAUCGCCGAGAGCUACCAGAACGUGCUGGCGGCCGUCGAGGGCUCCCGCUUCUACACCUCCGACCCCAGCCAGGCGUGUCUCUUCGUCCUCAGCCUGGACACGCUGGACCGGGACCAGCUCUCCCCGCAGUACGUGCACAACCUCCGCUCCAAAGUGCAGAGCCUCCACUUGUGGAACAACGGUAGAAAUCACUUGAUUUUUAAUUUAUAUUCCGGCACCUGGCCCGACUACACCGAGGACGUGGGCUUCGACAUCGGCCAGGCCAUGCUGGCCAAAGCCAGCAUCAGUACUGAAAACUUCAGACCCAAUUUUGAUGUUUCUAUUCCGCUCUUUUCUAAGGAUCAUCCUAGGACAGGAGGGGAGAAGGGAUUUUUGAGGUUUAACACCAUCCCUCCUCUCAGGAAGUACAUGUUGGUAUUCAAGGGGAAAAGGUACCUGACAGGGAUAGGGUCAGACACCAGGAAUGCCUUAUAUCACGUCCAUAACGGAGAGGAUGUUGUCCUCUUGACCACCUGCAAGCAUGGCAAAGACUGGCAAAAGCACAAGGAUUCGCGUUGCGAUAGAGACAACGCCGAAUACGAGAAGUAUGAUUACCGUGAAAUGCUGCACAAUGCCACUUUCUGUCUGGUUCCCCGUGGCCGCAGGCUUGGCUCGUUCAGGUUUCUGGAAGCCUUGCAGGCUGCCUGCGUGCCCGUGAUGCUCAGCAAUGGAUGGGAGCUGCCCUUCUCGGAAGUGAUUGAUUGGAAGCAGGCUGCCGUCAUCGGGGAUGAGAGAUUGCUAUUACAGAUUCCUUCUACAAUCAGGUCUAUCCAUCAGGAUAAAAUCCUAGCACUUAGACAGCAGACACAGUUCUUGUGGGAGGCUUAUUUUUCUUCAGUUGAGAAGAUUGUAUUGACUACACUAGAGAUUAUUCAGGACAGAAUAUUUAAGCACAUAUCACGUAACAGCUUAAUAUGGAACAAACAUCCUGGAGGGUUAUUUGUACUGCCACAGUAUUCCUCAUAUCUGGGAGAUUUUCCUUACUACUAUGCUAAUCUCGGUCUGAAGCCUCUCCCCACGUUCACUGCCGUUAUCCAUGCAGUAACUCCCCUGGUUUCCCAAUCUCAACCUGUGCUGAAACUCCUGGUUGCUGUAGCCAAGUCCCAGUACUGUGCACAGAUCAUUGUUUUAUGGAAUUGUGAUAAACCCCUCCCAGCCAAACACCGCUGGCCUGCCACUUCUGUGCCUGUCAUAGUCAUUGAAGGAGAGAGCAAGGUUAUGAGCAGUCGCUUCCUACCCUACGACAACAUAGUGACAGAUGCAGUGCUAAGCCUGGAUGAGGACACCGUGCUUUCAACCACUGAGGUGGAUUUUGCCUUUACGGUUUGGCAGAGUUUUCCAGAGAGGAUUGUAGGGUACCCUGCUCGCAGUCACUUCUGGGACAACACUAAGGAGAGGUGGGGCUAUACCUCCAAGUGGACUAAUGACUAUUCCAUGGUAUUGACAGGAGCUGCUAUUUACCACAAAUAUUAUCACUACCUGUACACUCAUUACCUGCCUGCCAGCCUAAAGAAUAUGGUGGACCAACUGGCCAAUUGUGAGGACAUUCUAAUGAAUUUUUUGGUGUCAGCUGUGACAAAAUUGCCUCCAAUCAAAGUAACACAGAAAAAACAGUAUAAGGAGACCAUGAUGGGACAGACGUCCCGGGCCUCGCGCUGGGCUGACCCUGACCACUUCGCCCAGCGGCAGAGCUGCAUGAACACUUUCGCCAGCUGGUUUGGCUAUAUGCCGCUGAUCCACUCUCAGAUGAGGCUCGACCCUGUCCUCUUUAAAGACCAGGUCUCCAUCUUGAGAAAGAAGUACCGAGACAUUGAACGACUCUGAGGAGCGCUGCCGAGGGGGCUGCGCCACCCCCAGCCCCGCCUGGAGCCAGACUGUGCCGCGGCACGGCCGUACCGGAAAACGGCGAGCGGCGCCCGGGGGCGCACGGCUCCGGACUGCUUCACCCGCCUGGCAGGCUUCUGUUGCUCACGACUAGGUUGUGUACAGUUUCAUUAUGGAACAUUAAAUAAUUAUUUUUGAAAUGAUUGCUAUGCAGGUUUAAACUUUUUUAAUGAUCAAAAAAAAAACUAUUAAAAACAGAGUUCUUUCUUUAAUCAAAA